GGCUACCUAAACGUAACCCCCCAGAACGCAUUUGGAAUAGCACGAGCAGCUGACUGUCAGACCAAUCCGCGACACUGCUGUCUGUCCAGCAGGGAAAUGGAGUGCCGAGAGAAACCUGCCUCGCGCUUAGACAGCGGGAGCAGUCAGGAGACCUCGGACAGGCUCCUGCUGCCCGCGAGCGCCCCCCGGAGGAAGAGCAGCAGCCUGGGCAAACCGGAGCCCCCGCUCCUGCGCACCGGCACCAGGACCGUCUACACCGCUGGCCGGCCGCCCUGGUACAACCAGCACGGCACACAGUCCAAGGACGCCUUCGUCAUCGGGCUCUGUGGAGGCAGUGCUUCAGGGAAGACCACAGUGGCCAAUAAGAUCAUCGAGGCCCUGGACGUGCCGUGGGUGGUGUUGCUGUCCAUGGACUCCUUCUACAAGGUUCUCUCUCCGGAAGAGGAGGCCCUGGCUGCCAGUAAUGACUACAAUUUUGAUCACCCCAGUGCCUUUGACUUUGACCUGCUGGUGCAGACCCUUCGCAAACUCAAGCAGGGCAAGAGUGUGAAGAUCCCAGUGUAUGACUUCACCACACACGGCCGACAGAGAGACUGGAAAAACGUAUAUGGCGCCAGCGUUAUUAUUUUUGAAGGAAUCAUGUCUUUUGCAGAUAAGGAAAUAUUGCAGUCGUGUUCCCGCUCUCAGCUUCUGGACAUGAAGAUCUUCGUGGACACAGAUUCUGACAUCCGAUUGGUCCGCAGGCUGCGCAGAGAUAUCACAGAGAGGGGCCGAGACAUUGAGGGAGUCAUCAAGCAGUACAACAAGUUUGUGAAGCCUGCCUUCGAGCAGUACAUCGAACCAACUAUGCGCCUGGCCGAUAUUGUGGUGCCUCGCGGGGGUGGUAACAUGGUGGCCAUUGACCUGAUCGUGCAGCACGUCCACAGCCAGCUGGAGGAGCGUGAGCUCAGCGUCAGGGCUCUCCUGGCUUCUGCCCACCAGGUCCAGCCUCUUCCUCAGACUCUCAGCGUGCUGGAGAACACGCCCCAGGUCAGGGGCAUGCACACCAUCCUCAGGGACAAAGAAACCACCCGAGAUGAGUUUAUCUUCUACUCCAAGAGGCUGAUGUGCCUGCUGAUUGAGCAUGCUCUUUCUUUCCUGCCCUCCCAGACCUACACAGUGCAGACUCCGCAGGGUCAGGACUACGAGGGGCGGAGCUUCUCUGGGAAAGGGAUUACGGGCGUGUCCAUCCUCAGCGCGGGCGAGACCAUGGAGCCAGCGCUCAAAGCUGUCUGCAGGGACGUGAAGAUCGGAAAAAUCCUGAUCCAGACCAAUCAGGAGUCCGGAGAGCCGGAGCCUUCCCGCACUCCUCCCCUGUCUGUCGUUCUCUCUCCCCCGCCUGAAGCACUCCCCCCUUCAUCCUCCCAGCUGCACUACCUGCGCCUGCCCAAAGACAUCAGCGAGGACCACGUCAUCCUGAUGGACUGCGCCGUGUCCACCGGAGCGGCCGCCAUGAUGGCUCUGCGCGUGUUGCUGGUGGGCCUGCGUGUGUUACUGGACCAUGACGUGGAAGAGAGCAGGAUCCUGCUGGUGUCUGUGCUGAUGGCAGAGAUGGGGGUGCACUCAGUAGCCUAUGCCUUCCCCCAGGUCCAGAUCAUCACCACCGCCGUCGACAAGAACGUGGACCAGCUCUUCCACAUCAUCCCCGGGAUUGGGAAUUUCGGCGAUCGCUACUUCGGUACGGACGGCUCGGUGGAGCGGAGGGAUGAAGAGGGGCUUGGUGGGAGCGGUUAAUGGCAGCAGCAGCGCCCCGGCAGACCGGGGCAUCCCUCCGCCUCCCCGGCUGAGAGACCCAGGACUUCACAACCACAGACUGAUCCCUGAACACUGCUGUACAUCCACAACAACUGCAGCGCACCAUCGCAGCCAUGCGCUAUUAGAUCAGUGCAGGGCAGAGGUUUACCUGUGUCUCUAUACACAUUCCAUUACAUUA